AAAUUUUAAUUAAAGUUGAGCAAAGAAAUAUUUGAUUUCAAUUUAUCAUUUUCCGAAGAAUUUUACUAUUUUAUUGAAAAAAAAAAACUAAAUAGUACCACAAUGAGACGCAGAGCCGGUUUGGGAGCCAUUCAACAGCAACAAUAUGAAGCUGAAAAAUACAAAGAUAAAGGCAAUGUUAUGCAGGAAUCCCAAAUGGAACAAAUGACCAAACAAUUGGAAGUGUUUCGUGUUAAACUUGAAGAAUUCGCAAUGAGCCAUAAAAGUGAAAUUCGCAAAAAUGCCCAAUUCCGAAGACAAUUUCAAGAAAUGUGCGCCGCAAUUGGCGUUGAUCCAUUGGCAACGGGCAAAGGUUUUUGGAGUGUUUUAGGAAUGGGUGAUUUUUACUAUGAACUCGGAGUACAAGUUGUAGAAGUUUGCUUGGCAUUAAAUGAGAAAACUGGUGGUUUAAUGGAACUUGGUGAACUGAGAAAUCGAUUAGUAGCCUCAAGAGGUCAAAGUGCUGCUCAUCAAGAAAUAACACAAGAAGACAUCCUUAUGGCUACCAAAAAGCUAAAUAUUUUCGGAAAUGGUUUUACAGUUUACAAAGUCGCAAAAGGCAAAUACAUGGUUCAGUCGAUACCAGCUGAAUUGAGUGUGGACGAAGCAGCUAUACUAACAGCUGCAUCUAGCAACGAACAAGGCUAUGUUACUAUUUCAUCACUCAUCAAGCAACAAGGUUGGACUGAAUAUCGAGCUAAACAAGGAAUUGAAAAAACCCUCAGCGAGGGUUUAUGCUGGGUAGAUGAUCAAGGUGAUGAAACAACUUAUUGGUUUCCCAGUUUAUUUCCAGGACGAACAACAACAAUUAGCUCUUCUUAAAAGACAUUUAUAUUUCUGUAAAAUUAAUUAAAAAAAA